AUGUUCGUAUUAUCAAAAUCUGUUACCAUUGUUUCUGCUUUAUUAAUUGUAAUUUACUUGGAAAAUAUUGUCGUUCAAACACAAUCUCUAACUGGAAACGGUAAGUUUGACUUCGGUCCAAAUCAAUUGGCAUCAAAUGUUUGGUAUAAACCAAAAGGACAAUUAAUCAAUGGUCAUUAUGAAAAUAGUUAUUCAAAUUUUAGUUUAUGGCCUAAUUUAGAAUUACAUUUACGAAAUAAUAAUGGUUCAAUACUAAUUCAAGCUUCUGAAAUUGGAUUUAUGAAAAACGAAGCAUUAAUGGCUUUUCGUAAUAGUAAUAUUCCUGUCGUUGCAGUUCUACCUGGUUUUACUCAAUGUUAUGAUGGUAAUGUUUUAGCAUUAUUAGAACUUUAUGGUCAAUCGCCAAAAGAAAAUUUAUUUUGCACAAUAUUUAAUAUUUGUAAUUCAACAGAGAGACAGAAUCCAAAUGGAAAAGGAUGGUUUGUUACUCAAGAUAAUUUUUCGUAUACUCCUGAUUUAUUAAACUUUGAUGAAAGAAUGCCAAAUUUAAUUCCUUAUCUUGAUUAUAAUAAAUUAAUGAAUACAUCGAUAAAUCCUCCGCAGUGGUUAUAUUCGAAUCUUUCUUGGGCAGAUCGAAAAAUGAAAGCACGUAUUGACGUUUGUCCUCAAGCUGGUUCAGAUCGUAUUAAGAAUCUUAUGAAUGAUUAUAUUAAAUAUGUAUCUGUUGUAAAUGAGAAAUUUAAUUCUACAAAAAUUCCUCGAAUACAAAUCAAUUGGAAUGUUAUUGCAGGUUGGGAAUGGAGAGAUGAACAUUGUUUAGAUUUGUUAUAUGAAAAAUUCAAUAAUGCUACCGAUUUUGAUUAUGCGUAUCGUUAUGUUACUAAUCCUUGCCAUCAGGAUGUUCAACAUUUGAACGAUUUAAGUGAACUACUUUGUUCAGUAGGAAGCUGUCCUGAAGUUGUUUUUAUGGAUAUCGAUCUAACUUAUAUUACAUCAUAUUCAUUAGAAGUUCUUCAUAUGAAUAAACAAAUUUUAAAAACAUUGAAUAUUCCAUUUGGCAUUAGUUUAGUUGAUCAAUGCGCAGAAAUCGACAAUUGCAUUGUAGAAAUUGUUUCAUCGGAGAAUCCAAAAGUUAUUUUAAAUCUUGAUGCUAAAUCCAAAUAUCCUAAUUUGAAUCGAAAUCAAAUGCAAGAAUUUAGUUUACUAAAUGUUUUAAAUUUCUUAAUCAAUCAAAGUAUCGUUGAUGAUGAUACACAUAUUGCAAUUACAAGUUGGACUACAUGGCCUAUUGAAAUCGGCCAAGAAAUAGUUGAAUCAAAAUCAGGCUCUAUGGCACAUACUGCAAAUCAAAUUUUUGAGAAAAUAUUAAUUCCUAAUUCAUUUGCAAGAUAG